CAGAGCGCGAGUGAUUGGUUUCCAGUGUCAGUGUGCGGGAGGGCAAAACGUUUUCAAAACCCUCGCUUGCUAGCUUCUCCCAAACUCCCACUCUUCCUCUUCUCCCCCCUCUUCUUCUUCUUCUUCCCAACCGCAAAGCCGUUCCCUUUUUCUUCUCCCACCAUCUAUAACCCUAAGUUCCAACCAAUCCCUUCUACCCCUUUUGACAACUGAACCCCCAUCCUCAUACAAUCGAACCCACCUUUCCCUCCUCCCUGUUUCGGCGCUUUUUCGCGGGGCGGGGCUUCGGUUCCUGUUCCUAGGAUUACUGGGUCGGUGGCGGCUUUCUUCGUUUCAGUUGUUUCUGAGAGAUGGUGGGUUCUACUGCCGUUGCUGCAUCUUCCAGUAGUUUGACUCAGCCGCAACCGCAACCGCUGCCGGCGGCGCAGAUUAUGUCCGCUAGAGUGAGGAAAACGAUACAGUCGAUUAAAGAGAUUGUGGGGAAUUUCUCUGAUGCUGACAUCUAUAUGGCGCUUAAGGAGUCCAAUAUGGACCCUAAUGAAACUGCACAAAAGUUGCUUAAUCAAGACCCCUUCCAUGAGGUGAGGAGAAGAAAAGACAGGAAGAAGGAGAGUAUGGGUUACAGGGAUUCAGAACAGUUCAGAAGAGGUUCUGAGAAUUUUAUUCAAGGAGUUAGGACAUUUAAUGACCGCAAUGGCAGACGAGGAGGCUACACCCGUCAUGCUGUCCCUAGUAAUAGUGGACCGAGUAGAGAGUUUCGUGUUGUGAGGGACAAUAGAGUCAAUGGAAAUACAAAUAGAGAACUGAAGUCUAAUAUUUCUGAAAGUUCAUCGUCCAAUGAGCAUGCUGUGAAGGGUUCAACUGCAAAUUCCAGCUCUCUGAAAGCGUCUGCUGAACUCGGUCCAUCUCAGGCUACUAAUGGGCAUACUGUUUCUCUUGGUGUUAGACACAAUAGAGAUGCUAACUCGAGUGGAACUGAAAGGAGAACUAAUUUGGAUGAGAAAAGGGCAGUAACACCCGGUGCAGCUUCACGAUUACAGGGAGGAAGACCUAACAGUUCUCAAAACCAGUCUGCCACUGUUGUUGGGGUAUAUUCUUCUGCAACAGAUCCUGUCCAUGUUCCUUCGCCGGAUGCCAGACCAUCGGCUGCCGUUGGAGCUAUUAAACGUGAAGUUGGUGUGGUGGGAGGUCGCCGACAAACUUCUGGAAGUCCAAUGAAAGAUCCAUCUGCAACUAGUAGUUCAUUGCCGAGUUCUGCAUUGGCCAAGGAUAGCCCUUUGUCAGAGCCAUUCCAACCCUUUCUUGCAAUCUCUAAGAAUGACCAAGUCAGUCAUCAAGCUAAUGCAAGUGAAGCUGUUGUGUCUGGUGUUACUGUUAGCAGAUCAUUCUUAGGUGGUCAAUAUAGCAGUAGACCUCAUCAACAAAGUGCAGGUCAUCAAAAGGCUUCUCAGCAUAAUAAAGAGUGGAAACCAAAAACAACUCAGAAGGUUAGUGUCAAUGGGCCUGGAGUCAUCGGGACACCCACAAAAUCAAGUUCUCCUGUUGCUGAUAAUUCUAAGGGAUUGAAAACUGAUGCUGGUGAUUUGCCUCAUAAGCUUUCUCGGGUGAAAAUCAAUGAAAACCAGAAUGUGAUCAUUGCACAGCACAUUCGGGUGCCUGAAACUGACCGUUGCAGGCUUACCUUUGGAAGUUUUGGGGUCGAGCUUGAUUCCUCCAGGAAUUUCAGUUCUGGAUUUUCAGCAGUUGGGGUCACAGAAGAAAAUAAAAGGGAAUCUACUACUAGUUUGACUGCAUCUGUUGUGGAGUCUACGGGUGAUGAUGCUUCUGGUACCAAGCACGAUGAAGUAUCAGCUGAGAAAUUGAGACACUCUGGCUCUGUUUCUCCAGCUUCAGGCGGAGCAUCUGAGCCACAGUUGCCUGAUAAAUCUCCAAGUCCUCCAAACUUGGAUAAUUAUGCUGAUAUCAGUUUGGUUCAAGAAACCAGUCCAUCGUAUGAUCACGCCGAGUCACACCAUCAGCAUCAAGAUCCUCCUGAAUUACAGAGCUUUCAAGGGUAUGAUCCACAGACUAGUUAUGAUAUGUCGUACUUUAGACCUUCAUACGAUGAAACUGCAAGAGGACAUCAGGGUGUGCCUUCUCCCCAGGAGUCCCUAGCUUCACACUCAGCCCACAGCCUUCCAUCGUCUACAAUACCAAUGUUACAGCAGCAGCACCAUCAACCAAUCGCUGCUCAGAUGUACCCACAAGUGCACAUGCCCCACUUUGCCAACAUGAUGCCGUUCCGCCAGUUUGUUUCCCCACUUUACCUACCGCAGAUGGCCAUGCCUGGCUACUCAACCAACGCUGCUGCAUAUGCACAUCCAUCGAACGCCAGCAGUUAUUUGCUGAUGCCUGGAGGUGGAUCCCACCUCAAUGCCAAUGGGUUAAAGUAUAGUGUACAGCAGUUCAAGACAGUUCCUGGUAGCAGUCCUUCUGGUUUUGGAAAUUUCACUAGCCCAACUGGAUACGCGAUGAAUGCUCCUGGUGUGGUUGGGAAUGGAACAGGACUUGAAGACCCUUCUCGGAUUAAGUAUAAGGAUGGAAGCCUCUAUGUCACUAAUCCACAGGCCGAGGCAUCUGAGAUGUGGAUUCAGAACCCGAGGGAGCUCCCUGGCAUGCAAUCUGCUGCUCAAUACUACAACAUGACAGGACAAACGCCCCAUGCUGCUGCUUAUCUGCCGGCUCACGCUGGUCAUUCAUCGUUCAAUGCUGCGGCACAAUCUUCACACAUACAGUUUCCUGGGUUGUACCCUUCAGCACAGCCAGCUGGGAUGGCCAACCCGCACCAUAUGGGUCCUCCAGUAAUGGGCGGUGGCGUUGGAGUUGGUGUGGCGCAAGCUGCACCUGGUGGUCAAGUAGGUGCUUACCAGCAGCAGCCUCAACUGGGCCAUCUCAACUGGACCACAAACUUCUGAAAGUAAAAAAAGGUUUAAAAUGUUCUGUUCCAUCUAACCCCACCUUUUUUAUGGGAUUUUAGUAUCUAAUAGAAAGAGUCAAGUUUCAAUUGUGAAAUGAGAAGAAAGAACGUCUCUUGAAAUGCCAUGUCCAAAGUUCCAAUUUUUUUCUUAAUUCUCAACAUCUCGAGUCUUGCUCAAUGCCCAUUAUGUUCUCAUUUUGCCAUGCAUUGCUCUCUCUCGUCUCCAUAGUCCCUCAAACUGUUGAGAACUGUUCAUGCAUUAUGUUGUCAUUAUGUAUGCAAACUGUUGAGAACUGUUCAUCCGUUAAGUACAGGGAAUAUGAUCACUUCAACAUCCAGCACUUUAUCACCUACAAUUUUAUGUUUGUGCAUGUUCAAAGGGUUG